AUGCGUAGCCAGAGCCGAUCUUUUUCUCCCUCCGCCAGCGAUGACGAGGAAGAGCGCCAUGGUCCUCUAUCCCAGGCAAUUUUAGAGGCUCCCCUGCCAACCGGUCUCGAAAAACUCCCUCCGUUAGGGACCUAUGACGGGACCACAGAUCCGGACGAGCAUAUUGAGAACAUCGACGCCCUUCUCGACUACAGAGGAGUGCCCGGCGCCAUUAAAUGUCGUUUGUUCCCGACCACCCUGCGAAAAAGAGCCAUGACUUGGUAUAAAAGUUCGUCAGACGAGUCCAUCACAUCAUGGAAGGUGCUCGAAAAACUUUUUUCCAAACAUUUCACGGCCUCCCGAAGACACCCAAAGUCAGAAGCCUCUUUGGAAGCCAUUAUCCAAGGAAAGGACGAGUCUCUACGGGCGUACAUAGAAAGAUUCAAUAAAGAAGCCGUACAGGUAUCCACCACUGCCCAUAUGAAGAAGUUCUUGCUCGAGCGCGGCCUCCGACCAUGCUCGGACUUCGCUAAAGCCGUCGGAAUUGAAACUCCAGCCACUCUUGACGAAUUCUUCCUCAAAGCCCAAGCCUACAUUCAAUAUGAGGAGAAAGAAGCCGCCCACGCCGUCCGUAAUUCCAGGCACGAAGAUAGCAGUAAAAAUGCGCGCCAAGAUGAGUCUCGCCGGGGAACUGACAAAAAGAAAGAUGAUAAAACUCGGGACCCCAAGGACUACAAAGCCCCUGCGGGGAAAUUCUAA